UGCAUCCAUGACAGUCCGAGUGACGCGCCGAUAUGCUAAGUUGAUCGGGAGUACCUUUGCAUGGCGGGAUAUUUUUAGACUCUGUCCAUUACGCAGGAGCAUUUGAGGACUUCUCCCAGUAAAGUCUGAGCGUAAUUACUUCCCCUCCACCGACAUUAGAGAAUAUUAUCCACUAUCAUGGCACUUUCCACUUCAGGAGGCGUUCAAAGUUUUUGCGGCAUUGUCAUUUUUAUAUGCGAUGUCGUAGGAAUGGCACUGUAUGAUGGCGCUCGUCUUACCUUAUACACGGGUUUUGCCUCCGGCCUCGUCUAUAUUGUCUGCGGUAUUGUGGCCCUGUGCGCAUCUCAAGCUGUCAGCCGGUCAAAACCAAACGCCCCAUGCCUGGCCAUCACCGUUCUAAUGCUGAGCAUCAACAGCAGCCUACUGGCUUUUGGCCUGCUGGUGUACGACAGCGUAAUUCUCGACAGUUAUGUUCAGCGCUCGGUCGUCUUCGUCAUGACGGGAAGGUCCAGACUCAUCGUCAUUGAGCUUGCCUUCCAGGCUCUGGCCUUGAUCGCCAGCUGCACGGUCUGCGUGUACAGCUCUAAAAACAUCACGGGGGCCAUCGCCACCGUUGCCACCAGGACACCCGUCAAUUAUCCGACAUGAUCAAUCGCUGGAGCGAGACAAGCUGACACGUCGACAUUGCAUACCCUAACGUCCAAUGUUCAGUCUGCAUUUUUAGCGUUUGCACGGUGGCAGUGUCCAUACGACCGUCCCUACCCGAUUACUCAUUGUUAGAUUCGCUUUUCCGUUCUUCUCCAUAUCUUACUUGUUUCCUCUUUUGUAAAAUGUCACAAAAUCAGUCUCGCAGCGCGAAAGUCUGUCUUUUCCUAAGUAUUGGCUGACUGAAUAAUUUAACUGGUAAUCGACCAAAGCGUAGCGAAGGUCCUCGCCAAAGUAUACGCAUUUUCUCGCCAGAGUGUGCACAUCGCCUGGCU